ACUUUUCCCACUAUUCAGUUUCAAAUUUUUUCUCGCUCAAUAUAAAAAAAAAAUCAAAAAUUUACCCAAAAUCAAAAAUAUACACUCACACAGUCCAUAACAAGACAAGACACCGGAAAACAACAGGCAACACACCCAUAUUAAAGCCAAAAAAAAAGGAAUCUAAGAAAGGCCAAAGGAAAGGCGAAAGACCAGACAAUUUUGUUUAAACUACGUACUAGCCUGAAAUCUUGAUGUUGAACCCACACAAUUGGCAACUUAAUUGAAUCAAGAGCCUGCAAAGGACUGAGAUCUCUGGAGCAAGAAUCAGGCACCUUUAUCUCAAGCAAUUUCAACAGACAUCCUAUCCAAAUCUCGAGAAUAAGCAGUGCACUUGCGUCCCAUUGAAAGUAUAACUCUUUUUUUUGGCCCAAUUGACACCAAAAACAAACAAAAACCACAUACCACUAAUGUAACAAUUUUUUUGAAGCCCACAAAAAGGACGAGUAAAGCAAAAAAAAAUUAAAUCGCAACGCACAACCAAGUUUUCGAAAAAAAAAAAAACAAAAAGUUUAAAUUCAAAUCGUAAAAGACAGUUGCGAAGACCCGUGAAAAAAUUUAAAAUAAGAAAUGCAAACGCGACUUUAAACCCAAAACCACUGACAAACGCUUCUUUCACACCGGUUCAGCAAAGGUCAGCGAAAGUUUCGACUCGGCAAUAAUAAACGAAAAUUACCAAAAAAUAUUGAAAAGAUACAGAAAAACCUAAUUACAAAUCGUAAAAUCCGUCAAGGAUAUGAGUAAAUCAAGUAAUUGAGCGCGCUAAAUUUAAAAAGUUAUCAUUCCACACGUAACAUCCGAAACGAUCAAGAGUUAAAGGCAGGAGUUAAACGAAGACAAGCUUAAAAAUACAAAAAUAUUGAGAUAUUUCAAAAGCUCCGAUUCGCCGCGACCCAAUCAAAUUCUAAAGUGUUUGACCAGCGAUUUUUGCACAACUUCGGUUUCAGUCAGGCAUACAGGGAUAUAUAUAUAUCUAAAGUGCAUAUAUAUCCGAUCGAUCGACUCACCAACGUCUAAGGUAAACCUACAAGAAACAACACACGCACACCAAAAAACCGAAAAGCAAAAAAAAGAGCUACUGAAAAUGGCAUCCGAACUGGAUCAAUUCGCCGACCUGGAACUCUCAAAGGAGGAUCGUGAACAGAUCUUCGAUCCGCCACUGGAUCGACAGCAGUUGGAAGGUGCUGGCACCUCAAGAGCUGCUGUUGGUCUGAACGGUGUCGAGUUCGAGGGCAGCAAGCUGCAUGCCGAGCAGCUGGACAAGAACCAGCGGCGUAGCCAGCGUAACCAGCGCAAUCCGUAUCCGGGUAUGCCCGGUCCCGGACGCCAGGCGGACUUUCCGCUGCGCAUUCUUGUGCAGAGCGAAAUGGUGGGCGCCAUCAUUGGUCGACAGGGCAGCACCAUCAGGACGAUCACACAACAGAGCCGUGCUCGCGUCGACGUCCAUCGUAAGGAGAAUGUUGGAUCGCUGGAGAAAUCGAUUACGAUCUAUGGCAAUCCGGAGAACUGCACCAACGCCUGUAAGCGCAUCCUGGAAGUUAUGCAGCAGGAGGCCAUCUCUACGAAUAAGGGUGAAAUUUGCCUCAAAAUACUCGCCCACAACAAUUUGAUUGGACGAAUCAUUGGCAAGUCGGGCAAUACCAUUAAACGGAUCAUGCAGGACACCGAUACGAAGAUCACUGUCAGCUCUAUCAACGACAUCAACAGCUUCAAUUUGGAGCGAAUCAUUACGGUCAAGGGAUUAAUUGAGAACAUGUCGCGUGCUGAGAACCAAAUUAGCACCAAGCUGCGCCAGAGCUACGAGAACGAUCUGCAGGCGAUGGCGCCGCAGAGCCUCAUGUUCCCCGGUCUCCAUCCGAUGGCAAUGAUGUCGACACCGGGCAACGGCAUGGUCUUCAAUACGAGCAUGCCGUUCCCCUCGUGUCAAAGCUUUGCCAUGUCCAAGACUCCGGCUAGUGUGGUGCCACCGGUCUUCCCCAAUGACCUACAGGAAACCACCUAUCUCUACAUACCCAACAACGCUGUCGGCGCCAUUAUCGGCACCAGGGGCUCGCAUAUCCGAAGCAUAAUGCGCUUCUCGAACGCAUCCCUUAAAAUAGCCCCCCUCGACGCCGACAAGCCGCUGGACCAACAAACGGAGCGCAAGGUGACGAUUGUUGGCACACCGGAGGGUCAGUGGAAGGCGCAGUACAUGAUCUUCGAGAAGAUGCGCGAAGAAGGCUUCAUGUGUGGCACGGACGAUGUGCGCCUCACGGUUGAGUUGCUUGUGGCCAGCUCUCAGGUGGGCCGUAUCAUUGGCAAGGGUGGCCAAAAUGUGCGAGAAUUGCAGCGCGUGACGGGCAGUGUGAUCAAAUUGCCCGAACAUGCCCUUGCACCGCCAUCCGGUGGAGAUGAAGAGACACCAGUGCACAUCAUCGGACUAUUCUACAGUGUACAGUCUGCCCAGCGACGCAUCCGAGCCAUGAUGCUUUCGACAAAUCCGCCGCCAAUAACCAAAAAACAGAAAGCUGCCAAAGAACAAUUGCAACAACAGCAACAGAGCCUAGCCGGAGCCGCGUCCAGCGGUUCCCAGCAGCAACAGCCACAGUCGCCAUCUCAACAACAGGCACUGCCGCCGCAAUUGCAUCAUCAGCCUGUGUCGUCGGCGUCGUCAUCGUCGACGCCGCCUGCACACCAUCAGCAGCAGGCGUCGACGGCAGCGACCUCACACCAGCUGCAGCAGCAGCAGCCAUCGCCGCCGCCACCUGGCAAUGCAACUGCGGCCGCAGCUCAGCAGCAGCAGCAGCUGGCGAGCUCACAACAGUAAGGAGGAAUCACCGUUAAAGGAGAGCCGGCGCCGCAGCAGCAGCAGCAGAAGCAGCAAAAGCAGCAGCAGCAGCAACAUCAGCAGCAGCAGCAGCAGCAGCAGCGAAAGCGCCAAAAAUAGCCAAGGCAGGGUUUUCUACUGUUGAUACUACCUCCACAGCACACCCAUAAGAUUCAAUACCCCAAGACCCAAAAGCACCCACCACAAUUUACAACCCUAUAUAACUACAAGCUAACCGUAGGCGCCACCUUUGUGCUGGCACAGGCGACGGCAAAAGUAAGCAAGCAACCUGGAGCAGUAACAUAAGCAAAAUUUUACGCAUAUAGAACUGUAGGGGAACCACCACAUCAAAAAGUGAGCUGCGUGAAGAGCUCUACUAGUUCAUAGCAGUGUAUUUCGACUUUAACAAGAUCAACAUAAAACAGCAGUCACACAGCAAGAAUAACAAUAACAUAACAUUCUUCAUUUGCAUACUAAGAAAUAAAGAGAAAAAGUUAAUAGAAAGCAGCGCGCUAUCGUUCAUAGAAACCACUAAAAACAAAACCCCGCCCAAAAAUCGAAACUUUGUGUUGUUGUUCUGCUAGUUGUAAACUUUUGCGUCAGCUGAGAAUUCGGUACCGCCUAAACUGUUGUGAACGUUUUCAAGGCAGUAGGAGUAAAACCUUAAAUAUUCAUAAUUUGUACAAGUAAACCAUAUAUUCAACAACAACAACACAAAGAGUCAAAGUAACUAAAGAGAAAACCCCUUAAACUAACACUAAAUUUGAUUGCAAAAAGGGGAAAUAAUGGAUAAUGAAGGAAAGUUUAGUAGUGUAUGCGUUAUAUUUUUUUUAAAUAUAUUUAACUAUAAAACGUUUAUUUUUAAUUAUUUUUUUUAACAAAGAUUUAGUAAGCUUACAUUUAAGUGGAAUGAAUAGAAGAGAAGUGAGCAAAGCGUAAGAGAAUGAGAUUGAGAAUCAAUUUAAAACAAAAAAAAAAUAAGUAGGGACAACCAUUUCGUUGAUCCCAAAACUACCGAGAAUUACACAAGAAGAAAAAGUACACAAGCGAAAAUAAGAAUCAAGAAAUAUUCAAAAAAAAAAAAAAAGAAAAACAACAACAAUACAAACAUACAUACAUGGAAAACAACAAAAGCGUCAGAAAACACAAAAACAUACAUAUUUUGAGCCCACAUCCGCAACAUCAAAUGUGAAGAAAGUUUCAAAAGAAGCUCUCAUCUUUGGGCCAUAAGAAGAAUGUGUAUAACAGUUGAUAAUGUUAUGUGUACAAUGUGCAACAGUUGAUGCAACUGUUGGCGCCCCGCUAUCGUUAUACAUAGUAUAACAGACCUCAACCGAAAACCCAAACCACCAAAAAGAAACAACUAUCUAUGUAUACAAUAUCGUUAAGAGCUAUACUGAUGGAUCAGUGUGUAUAUUGGGACUAUAUAUUGAUAGAAAGGGAUAUGGAUGGAUGGAACAAGAAACGCCAGCGAGAGCAAUGUUUACUGUACUGUACAGUUGUAAAAUAGUUUUUUGCGAUGCCUGAAACGUUGUUUGUAUAAAUGAAUGGAUACGAAAAUCAGUCCCUUAUUAUGCGAUGGAAAGAGUUACAUGAAAAAUUGUUGAAUUAUACUUAGUGCAGAAGCAGCCGAAAGAGAAGAAAGCAAAUGACGGAGAGUGGAUAGGAACGCUACAGCAAAUGCAAAGAGCGAGAGAUAGUGUUAAAGGAACUAUUGUAAUGUGUUUGCCUUGAAAUGAAAACAAAACUAACUAGAAAUGAAAUGACGGUGCUGAAAUGUUAAUUUUUUUUAAUCGAUCGUUAACGUUAAGUGUUACGUUAUAACGUUUGAGCGUGUAUGAGAGACAAGCUGUUAUACAUGGAUGGGACACUGCACUACAUACAUACUAAAUGCAAGAACAUAAACCAGCCAAUCCGUACCCAAAACAAAGUCUAAACUGAUAGCCACAACCAAGCAAUCAAAACAGAAGGAUGCAUUUCGUAGAGAUUGUAAUCGUAGCGUAAUCAGACAAUAUAUAAACCAUUCUCGUAACCGUAUUGACCAAACCCCAUAGUUAGAGACCGGAACCCAAGUAACUGAAUCGGAGCAACAACAAUCAAACUACAAUUUACUCCAGCCAAAACAAGCAGCAAUAGCAAUAGCCCAAUUUUGUGUUGUUUUGAGAUAGCUAUUAUCUAAUUUGUAACUAUACAGUUUUUUUUUUUUUGUAACGUAAAUAUUAAACUAAUUGAUAUUCCAUAGAGUUAGCAUUACGAAAUAGUUAGACGGACAGUCGACCACAUCAAAUCAAAGCCCUGAAAUCCCUAACGAUCCAACCCUUUUGUUUGUAUAACACUUGCUUCGGAGGCAGACAGUUCUAAAACAAAAAAAAAACACACACACACUAAAUGAAGAAAAUUAAGGCAAAUUCAACAUUUCGGCAAAAAGAAAAUCUAAAACACAAAACAUUUCGGUCAAAGAAGUAACAACAAAACGAAAACCUUUUUGAGCGGCACAUUAUUUUGGAACAAAUGACAUUGACAAAAUUUAUGGACAAAAACUCAAAGCCAACAAGAAGCGUAUACAAGCUUUAGGACAGCCCAAUUUUUAUGAAAUAUCACAUUUUCUUUGUUCUUUUUUAAGAAGAAACAAAAGAAAACAAACAGAAGCAGAAAAGAUGAAGAAAUUUGAAGAAGAUUGAAAAAGUAAUUAAAAUACCUCAAUGUAAGUGCAUUAUCUUCUACAAAAAACAAAAAAAAAAACAAAAAAACGAUAAAUAAAUACAAAAUAAUAACAAACUUGAGGAGCGUAAAAAUGGAUACAAAUGCUAAAACAUCCUAAUGAGUAAAAACAAAUCAUGAAGAACCACUCCUAAAAAUUAAAUGUAUAUUAUAAGCAACCAAAUAACAAAGCAUAAUGUUGAGAAAAAACAAACCAUAAGAAUCUAACCGGAACCGGAAGCAGAAUAAACAAGCUUUGGCGAAGUCAUAUCACCAAAUCGCACCGGAAAUAAAAACACAUCUUUAAAAAGACAAAAACAGGCGAAAGGAACUUUUUUCAAAAGUUACCCAUAGCCAAAAUCAAAACCAAAACGAAUCCGAAUCCGAACACGAACCGAAUCACAGCAACCAAUCAAACAAUCACUCACCCACCAAAAGCCCUACGCGAAAUAGUUUUGGGUCGAACUCGAACUCCCCACCCAGACCAUAUGUACCAUACCAACUGAAGCAGAUCAACCAAGAACUGAGGGAUAUAGGAGAUAUAGGAGCCAGGAAGUGAUUAGGAUGGGAUGGGAGGUGUAUAUAAGAAUGUUGCUGGGCAUUUACCAUUGAUCUUUAUAUACGAGUAUCAAGCCGCCGCUAUAUAUGUGUAUAUAUGCGAUAUAUAUGUGUAUGUUGAAAAUGCGUGACAUUAUGUUUUGUUAUACUUGUGAAUCUAUAUAUGUAUAUCUAUAUAUAUAUAUGUAUAUAAAUGUAAUCAAUUUCGCCACUUGUUUUUAACGAAUAAUUAUUCAAAUUAACAAUACCCUUUUUUUUAAAUUUUUUCAAAGGAAAAAGAAAUGUCCAAAGUUGUCAAUAUAAAUACCUAUACAUAUACAUAUAUAUCUAUAUAUAGAUAUGUGGAACUAUGCUUAAAUACGAUAUUUAUAAAGAACAAACGGAAUUUUUCUAAAAGAUUCCAAAAAAGGAAAGAACAAAGAAUUGAAAAUUAUUAUUCCAAAUGCUGAAUCAAAGAAAAGUCAGAUCGAUGAAAGGGACGAGUUAAUAAUUUAGCUAUAGCUCUGGUUUAUUUUGACAGGGGGUUUAACACGAUAAACAUAAAAUAAAUGAGGAUAAAGAUCGAGGUAACAACUAAAAAACUUGUGAGUUAGCGUGCGCGUUAAAAACGAAAACAAAGAUAAGAAUAAUGAUAAUGAUGUAGAAAGAGAACUCAGUUUGAAGAACGAAGAAAGAAAAGCGAUUGUGAGUUGUGUGAAAAGCAGAAACGAAAUUAUUUUUUAGUAUUUAGAGGCUAUUUUAUAUCGUUAUUAAAGCAGGUAGGCAAGUGAGGCAACGGUUAGGAAAAAAAGGAAGUGAAGGUUAAAAUGCCAGCAGUGAAUGUGGAACAAUGAAAGGCAGUUGAGCAAGAGCAAGUUAAAUUUUAACACAACGGGAAAUCGAAAUCGGAAAACGCAGAAAUUGUGCAAAAUUCUAAGAAACUAUCUAAUUUGGCAUGAGGGUAGCAUUUUAUAAAUCCCAGAGUACAGUUGACACCAAGUGUACAAAGCUUUUUGAGUACAAUCUACUUACAAGGUUGCCACCAUUUCCAAAUAUUGCAUUCUCGUAUAAUACAGUUUCAGUUUUCCAACAAUUUUCCUCCCACCCUUAUGCCGAUUUUGUGCAGUUUUUCUUCUCCGCGAACUUUGAAAAGAAUUGUCCCGUUGAGCAAAAAAAAAAAUUGGAAAAAUGAAAAAGAAUAAUGAGAAAAGUACUUUUUUGUGUUGUAAGUUGUGCCAAGUACUGAUAACGUUUAAGGUGUGAUAAACUCGUUUUUAAAUUUAACAACUAUUUAAACUAUAAAAACUACUUACUAAAACAAAACAAAAAAUUUAAAUUAAAAAAAAACUUAUUUUAAAAAAUGCUUUUGAUGUACAUUUUAUACACAAACACACACACACUCGCAAGAACCAACAUUACAAAAACACACACCAACCCACAAAAGUACUUUGACAGCCGAUUUCUUUGAAUUAGGAAAACAGGAAUAAAAAAACGCUAGGAAAAACAUCAGAAUUUGAAUAAUCACCGAUAAUACGAACAACAAUUUGCUUUGCUACAGGAAUUCAGAUGGCAUAAGUUAGUUUUGAUUUGUAACUAUAAUUUAACAUAAAACAAAAACAAGCAAGUUUGUACUCUUUAAAAAUGCAGUGAAAUGAUAUGAUAUGAAUGAAAGAAGAGGUAAUCGAUGACGAUGAAAAAAAAAAAUGAUAAACUCUUUUUACAAACAUAAAAAAUGUUAUGAAACACGUAUUAAGGAAGAAUACUUUUUUAAAAAGGAAUAUUUUUUUAUAUAUGUACAUAUAUAUAUAAAUAUUUACAAAUGAAAACUAAAUGAAUGAAAGAAAGAGAAAAACGUUUUUAGCGGUACAAACAUGAGUACAAAUCAAGUUUUAUUAUUUUCGAAUACAUUAAUUUUUUUUUUUUGUCUAUUAUGAAAGGGGAGUUUUUACCUAUCGGAAGGAGAUUUCUUUAGGCAUAUACAUAAAAUGAAGCGAAGUUGUUUUUUUCUUCAAUUGUUAGGCGCGUAAAAAUUAAAGAGCGAGACAGCAGCAACCAAGUUAGGUAGCCAGACAGAGAGAGAGGAACGAACAGUUGAUCAAUGAGACAUUCUAUUAAAGCGAAGAUAAGGAUUAUCGAUAGGGAUAACGAUAUAAAGCGAGUUUAACCAUAAGUCAAGCUGGACAACCGAAAAACCAGGAGCAGGAACAGCAAACAUAGAGCAGAACGAAUCAGAAGAACAGGCAGAGAACCGUAAGCCGCGCAGAGAAAGCAAGAAGAAAGCAGAGCAAAUAGCCCAAAAAACCAAGCCGCCACUCACACAGUAAAAAAAAAAGGAGAAUAUGACAAAUAAUUGAAAGUCGCAAGUAAUAAGAACGUAAACUAAACGAAGAGGAUUGAGCAAUCCUCGGGAUGAUAAAACAGCACAAGUUUUAAUCAAUUCAAAUUGGGGGUUCAUUAUUUUUUUUUUUAGUUUCGAAAAGAAUAUUGGACGCAAAAUCAGCUAAAAUCCAGAGCAGACGGAAAAGUUAGUCAGAAAAGCAGACAGAAAAGAUCUAAAAGGAAACUAAAAAACCAACUCACCCUGAAAUACGACACUAAAAAAACCAACCAACUAAAAUUUGAAAUCACGCGCAGAACGCAUGGAAUGAAACAGCGGAACGCGUGGAAAACGCAAGCGAUUCGCAACAACUAAAGGUACAAGAAAUCAGCAAAAAGCGAGUAAAACAAAAAUCGUAAACUGAAAACUAACUAAACUAAACCGAAACUGAAAAUAAAACAUUUUUGAGAAGAGAAAACAUGAAAUAAAACUUUCAACAUUUACUAUAUAUUUUUAGCAUUUAAGAUCCAAAAGUGGAAAAUAAUAAAAAAAAACCUAUUGUGUCAGCAGUAAGAAAAUGUACUAAAAAAGUUUACACAUACAAAACACACAUUUAAAAAAAAAACACAAAAAUUUAACAAAAUGAAACCCAAAAAAAAAGCGAUAAGCAUGAACUAAAAACACCCAACAACCGAAGGGAAAAUGACCCCAAAAAUUUUGAAAAAAACACACACCCCAAGAAACACUAAAUUCUUUAUGUAAAAUUCGAUAUGGAAAUCCCUAUUCAUAUUGUAUAUGUACAAUAGCAACAACGCAACAUCAAAAUGCAUUAAAAUGUUGUAUGAUGUAGACUAUGCAUUGGAACGAAACGAAACGAAACAAGAAAAGAGGAUAGAACGGAGAGGAUAAGGAGAGCAAACGAAACGAAAAAGAAUGAGAGAAAAGCGAAAGCAAAACUAGUUCAAAGAGUCUCUUUACCCCCGAACCACUGAGCUUUGUUUGUUUGUUUUUGUACAUUUCAAGCAUUUUGAAUAUACAUAUAUGCAUAUAUAUUUAAUAGACCUUAUUUAUACAUACAUUUAUAAUUUUUUAUUGUUUCGAUUUGUAAUAGAUUAUAUACGGUAAUCAACUGGAGACUGAGCUACAACAUAUAUUUAGUUACCGUUAUAUUUAUUGCAGAGACACACACACAUACAUACACUAACACCAACCCCAACACCCUACAUGCAAAAAAACAAAAAAAAAACACCCAUUCACCACCACCCACAUGCAACAUCAAACUAUAUUCUAUAACCAAAUUCUAACUAAAAACCUUAAUCUAUAAAAAAAAUAAGCAUGCAUAACGCUAUAUAAAUUAUAAAUCGAUAAGCCUGGCGUUGCGUAGUCAGUUUAUUGCAUUUUAUUUGGCAUAUUGAAAAAUGAUUUCCGUUUUAUCUUCCGUUGAUAUCUUACUACCCAUAUGGGAAUCAAUCUACGAUUCCCGCUUAUUUACUUUGAUUAUUUUAUAAUUUUGUUGUUGUGUAUAUCAUUUUGCCGCCCUCGUCAACCAACCAAACACUCCACUUCCAUAUUCCUAUGUCCCCAUAGUCCCUCCAAAUCCGAACCCCACAUCCAGCCACCCAAUCAAUUCCAUUUAAUCAGACCUCCCCCCUUCUCACUUCUCCAGCGCCUGGUUUGCCUGUGUGAUAGUAGUUUAUAAUUAAAACCAUCCGCUGGGCACCCAACUCCCCUCAUGGGACCUUAAGCAGUCCCCCCCCCCCUUUCACCAGAACCCUAACCUGCACACAUCAUUUUUUCAAUUUUUGAACGGCGAGCAAACUAUAUAGAAACCACUUUACACAUAAUAUACUAAAGCUUAAAACAAAAAAAAACAUAAAAUUAAAGAUGAAAACUUACAAAAAAAUACCACUAUUUUUACAUUAAUUAUUUUUAAAUUUAUCCUUAUCUUUACCUAAAUUAGUUUAGAGCUUUUUUUUGCGUCGUCUACAUUUUACUGUUAAGUUCAUUUAAUCUACACAUAAUCUACAUGAGGAUGAUGUGACGACACCAGAUGUAUCUACACUGUACAUUGUAUCUACAUUACAGAGCUAAAAUAUCUAUAAAUAUUAUAAAUAUAACAAAAAAAGAGUAAAAUAUUAUUAAAAACACAAAAAAAAAAACAAAAAUAAUUCGUUCCUUGGUUGUUUUUAUUUUCGUUGUAGUUCAGUAUUUUUGAUUUUCAGUAACUGGUUUUCCUCUCUCCUUUCCAAAUCGGCUUCGAUUCCGAAAUCCUAUAAUCCCGAUCGUUUCGAGAGGCUUUCGAUGUUGUCCCUGUACCCAGACAUACAUAUAUUAAUGAUCCGUAACCCCCUAUUCAAACAGUUGUCUAAAUUAUUAAUUUAAUGUGAAUUUGAGAAGAGCUAAAGUCGUCAGAUAAAUUCAAAUAGCGUGUGAGUACAUACAUAGAUGUAUACCUAACUAACAACACCGAUCAUAUAUAUGGAGUACACUAAACUAACAUAACCUAACGUAAACUAAAAUAAAGAAUAAAUGAAUGAAUUAACUACCUCAGCUUUGAAUAUUUCUAUAGAAAUGUUAUUAAAUGUAUUUGAAAAGCGUAAGAGAUAUACAAAUGCAAGAUGCCGCCAGAUCGAAAGAUAGUUAAUAAAAAGAAAGACAGAUGGAACAGAACAAUGUCAAAGAAUACAAGUUUUAGAGCUGCAUUUAUAUAGUAUCAGAUCGAUAAGGAACAUAGUAACAAAAUCGUAAAACAAAACCAAAAAAAAUAUAUUAAGUGUACGUUUUGCAUAUUCCUAUAUAGUUAACUAAACGUAAAAGCAAGAUGGGUAAACAUGAAUACUACUAUAACAAUCAUUUUGCGUCCAUUUUUGUUGUUUCCUAUACAAGAAAAAAUUAAAUAAAAACAAAAACAAACCACAAAAAAAAAAAAUAAACAAAAAAAAAGCGAACGAAUAAAUCACACAAAUAGGAUGAAAACAAAACUAUAUUCCCAAUUACAUUGUAUAACUGUCUUUUAACCACAAGCAAAACGCUAACACAAUCGGUACACGAUAACCAAUAUACUAUACAUAUAUCAAAUAUCCACUCUGUGUAUGUUUUGUAUCUGCCAUGGAAUAUGUACCCGAAAGUAAUCUAGAUAACCACGUAAAGGACAUAGGACUCGAUGUCUAGAUGUGUCGUCAUAGUUUAGAGGCCCCAGUAUUUACUAGCCAGUACUUUGCAUUUGUUUGCCUUUAUCUUUUACCUUUACCAUUGCCUUUAAAUUAACCCCUCUGUCCAACCAACGAAAUUCAAAAGAAAGGGUUCUUCAUUUGAUUACCAUACCCCUCAGCACGCCCAAAACUCCUAGUAUUCUGGCCUGUCCCAGGGUGCUGAUUCAAAAACUAGAGAUAUACAUAGGUGUAUACAUAACAUACUAAUCUGCGUAAGAUGUUUUCCCCAUUUCGGUGUAACUAAAUGUUAAUAUUGCUAGCGCUCAAUACGAAAUUACCGUAUACAAGACCCACAUACAGCAAAUAAAAAGACACAAAAGCUUACUAAAUUGUAUCCCAAGGCCAAGGAAAAUAUUAGAAAACCAGAUAUACAACUAACUCAAAUACAAUUUUGUGAACAUGUGAAAAACAAAUCGAAAAGAAAUUUACUCAAU